AUGAGGUCUUGGUCUUGUUCGUUCUGGAACAUAGCUUCACGACAAGCCAUGAAAAGCGGAGCGUUUCUCGCGAAGACCUACUGCUUCCUCCAUGUAACCACAAACUAUCUCGGCUUUCCAACUUACUGUUUUGGUCCGAGCAUGGUCCCGACGCUUCAUCCUUUGGGAAAUAUCUUACUGGCGGAACGAAUCUCCGCGAGGUCUCAGAAACUGAGUCGUGGAGAUAUCGUUGUGUUUCAAUCUCCAGAAGACCCUAACAAGACUCCGAUCAAGAGAGUGAUUGGAAUUGAAGGAGAUUGUAUAAGCUUUGUCCUUGCUCCAGGGAACAAGGAUCAAUCAAAAACCAUCGUGGUUCCUAAAGGACAUGUUUGGGUGCAAGGUGACUAUACUCAUAACUCGAGAGACUCGAGAAUGUUUGGUCCUAUACCUUACGGUCUUGUUCAAGGCAAAGUGCUUUGGAGGGUUUGGCCAUUUCAAGAUUUUGGACCGCUUGGACCGGCCCCAACUUGA